AUGGCCACCAAACUCAACAGAAAAGACAUCGAAGAAUUCUGGCGACGAUCGAAUUCGAUUUGUGACAAGGAAUCGUCGUCGUCGCCCGAUGCGGUCGCGGUUCAAGUGCGACGAAUGAGUCUCGCCGAGUUCACCGGCCUGGAUUCCGGACAAAAAUUGGCCGAACUCGAGGCUCCAACAUGGAAAUCUACCGUUUCGCAAUCGUCUCUUCUCAACUCAUUUUCGAAUCGCCGUCGAUCUGUGCUCUCGAAUGCUGAUACAAUCGAAUCGCCGUCUCGAAAACUCACAACACAAAACGAGGUGGACGAUGAGUUCGAUGUUCAAACCGCAGUUUCCAGAAUUCAAGCGAUCGCAUCGAAAUGCGGAAAAAUUGACAAGAAAACGGAGAGUCUCGAAAUCGACAUGAAGGCGGAGAAGCAGAAAGCGAUUGAAGCCAUCGGCAGAAUUUCGCAGAUUACAAAACAGAUGGGCCAGGGACCAUCGCACAGCUCGUUGGGGCCACUGCUCGCCGAAGCGGUCGCUUCAAGCGAGGCCCUCAGCAGAAGUGUGCACACCAUGGCCGCCCAAUCGACCGUCUAUCAUUCGGAGCUUCUCAACACGGAAAUCGCGCAGGCCUUCGAUUCGCUCAUUUCGUUGGUGUCGAAACUCGACUCGGCGACAUUGUCGGCGAACAUGUCGACGCCUCGCCGCAAAAUGAGCCUAAUUUCCAACUCCGAGGCAUUGCUCCAAGCCAAUUUGAACGUGCUUCUUCGCGCGAUAACCUCAAUUUGA